CAUUGUCUCAGCUGACAGCUUCAAGAAAAUGGCAACCAUCAUUGAUCCGUACUCGCCUAGCAAACAUACACUAUCCGCACAAUUAAAAUCACUUAUAGAGACGAAUAAAAAUAUCUACAGAAACGAUUUGAAGGAGAAGCAAUUUAACUCGAAGGAUGAACAAAAGUUAAUUAAAUCAAUUGAACUUGAGAACAGUGAUGAUGCAGGGGUAUGCAGGAGUAUGCUAUCCGAGAGUAGAAUACACCAUGACGUCACGUACUUUGUGUUCCCAUUCAGUUAUGACCCACUGCCAAUAGAUGUCACUCUAUCAUCACAUCUUACACUUAGCAGAGGUGUGCAUAGAAUCGAAAAGAUUCUUGCACACUGGCCUGGUCCUGCAAGUGUAUCUGUUAUUGGAACUGAUGACGAAG